AUGGGUAUUUUGGAAAGAAUUGCCGAUAUUGAAGCCGAGAUGGCCCGAACUCAGCGCAACAAAGCGACAGCACAUCAUCUUGGUGUGCUAAAAGCUCGACUGGCGAAAUUACGACAAGAGUUACUCACGCCUAAAGGUGGCGGCGGACCAGCAGGGGAAGGGUUUGACGUAGCUAAAACUGGCGAUGCUCGAAUCGGCUUUGUUGGAUUUCCAUCAGUUGGCAAGUCCACUUUAUUAUCUAAUUUGUCAGGCGUCUACUCUGAAGUGGCAGCUUAUGAAUUUACCACAUUAACUACUGUCCCUGCGGUCAUUCGAUACAAGGGUGCUAAAGUACAGUUAUUAGAUUUACCUGGGAUUAUCGAAGGUGCUAAGGAUGGAAAAGGCAGAGGAAGACAAGUUAUUGCUGUUGCUAGAACAUGUAGUCUGAUUUUGAUUGUACUGGACGUACUGAAGCCUCUCCAGCAUAAAAGAAUCAUAGAAAAGGAGUUAGAAGGUUUUGGAAUUAGGCUUAAUAAGACCUUGCCCAAUAUCUCUUUCCGAAAGAAAGAUAAGGGUGGAAUUAAUUUAACCUCGACUUGUAUUCAGUCCCAUUUAGACCUGGAUACAGUUAGGGCAAUUUUGGCCGAAUACAGAAUACCUAAUGCUGAUAUUACAUUACGCUGCGAUGCUACAGCUGACGAUUUAAUCGAUAUCGUUGAAGGCAAUAGAUCAUAUAUACCUUGUAUUUACGUUCUUAAUAAAAUUGAUCAAAUAUCCAUUGAAGAAUUGGACGUUCUUGCAAGUAUUCCUCAUUGUGUUCCGAUAUCAGCUCACCAUAAGUGGAAUUUUGACGAACUAUUAGAAAAAGUUUGGGAUUACCUACAACUCGUCAGGAUCUAUACCAAGCCCAAAGGUCAACUACCUGAUUAUUCAGCACCCGUUAUCUUAUCAACGAAUCAUCAUUCUAUUGAGGAUUUAUGUAAUGCGUUACACAAAGCUAUUUUGAAAGAGUUUAAACAUGCACUGGUCUAUGGUACUUCCGUAAAGUAUAAUCCACAGAAAGUUGGUAAAGAUCAUGAGCUUAAUGACGAAGAUGUGGUGCAAAUCUUUAAAAAGUAA